GCGAACGAAGAGUAUGGAUAUGUAAUGAAAAGUUUGCUAGGUGGCUGCGGAACUAGCUGAUUGAGGAUCAGUGAAGUUAACCACAGUUCUGGUCUCGACCUAUUGUCUCGACUUUUCGUACCAAAACUGAAACUGAUCCCGAGUCAGUGUGACGGACACUCUCGUGGGGCUAAACGGAGUGAACGAUGAAGAAAGAAAUUGCGGCAGUGGUGUUUUUUAUGAAACGGCUGGUCAGGAAGGCGGAAAAGCUGGAGACGGAGAAAGUGGAUCGUUUUGUGGAGAGACUGACUGUGGCAUUACAGGAGAAAUACCGGGGGCACUGGUACCCCGAGAACCCCAGCAAAGGCCAGGCUUUCAGGUGUAUUCGAGUGAACGGGUUUCUGAAGGAGGACCCUGAGCUGCUGAGAGCCUGUCGGGAGAGCGGGGUGCAGUACAGAGACUUGGGCCUGCCACAGGAACUCACUCUCUGGGUGGACCCUGGGGAGGUAUGCUGCAGGUAUGGGGAGAAGAACCACGCCUUCACGGUGGCGAGUUUCUCGGGAGACGACGUGGACGACAAGGAGGACGUGACCAAGAAGGUGACGAGCGCGGUGGAGAAGGUGACGUCGGACUACCACUCCGGCUCCUCGUCUGACGAAGAGAGCGGCACCCGAGAGGCCUGUGUGACCCCCCCUUUCCCCCACUUCCAGCCCCGCUACCAGCCGGUGCCCCAAAUCCCCUACCAGCCGGUCCACGUGUGGCACCCGUUUCCGAAAAAGAAGACCGGGCCCGGGAAGGGGCACGGGCCCCCCCACCCUCACUUUGGCUUCCGCCCCCACGCCAGGCCCAACCCCUGCUUCAGACCGAACGGCUGGUGUCCCGUCCGGCCCCGAAACGGACCGGGUUACUGGGGAAGCACCCCAAACCUGGCCCACUCUUAGGAACCACUAAAGCGAAACAGUGACGUAGUUACUCUGGAAACGAAAAGGACUGACACAAUGCUGACCAAACUCUGAAAGUAUUUUUGUAGUAAUUAUUUGUUUAUCGUAAUAACUUUCUUUUUGAUUUUUUGAAUUUGUACAAUUUUUAAAAAGAUAUGUUGACUCUGCACUUUAGAUAAUUUGUUAUAGAAAGUUGUGUAAGGUGUUUGCUUAUAUACAGAAUUAGAAAUCUUUGGCUAUGAUAGGAAAUUUUAAUUAUGGAAAUAUGUACUGUAUUUAUAUUUAAUGGGAUCACUGUUAUUCUCUGAUGUUCGACAGACUGUCCAUCAGUUUUGUUUAAAUGACCAAAUGUUUUGUAUGUAUUCACAUCAUAGUAUUGUGCUGACUACUUAAAUUAUGAAAUACAUUAAACGUUUUCUUAAUUAGACAAA